AUGGGAGAUGCACUAUGCGGCCCGUCCAAUGCGCUGCAGAACUUCCAGAAGCAUGCGUCUGUUGACCGCACCCUGCAGCAAGACCGACUGAUUUCAAGGCAGCCUGCGAAUCAAGGAUUCCGAUCACAAGGCACGCGGGAUGGACUUUUGGACCCUGAGUUCGCAGCCUUUGAAAACAGCCAUGGUGGCUUAGCACCAAUGGUGGAUUUGCAACAUCCAGCACACUUUGCCCAUCCUACCCAGCAUCCAGCGGCCGUGCAGUCGCCACCCAACUGGGCAUCGGAUUUCCAGAACCUCCAUAUCUCGAAGUCACUACCGCACCAAGCGCAAAGGGCAUCACCGAUCGCAUCAUCCCAAACAGGGUGGCAAAAUGAUUUCCUGAGCCAGCAGCACCAACAGCAUGCUGUCUCGCAGCACGUUCAAGCGGAGCAGUCGAUCAACACUCCCUUCCGGCCCUCCUUUGGGCAUCAUAUGCCCAUGUACAACAAUUCCAUGAACAUGCAUCACAGCUACUCCCAACAAGCUCCCAUAGCAAACACGGUACCAGCGGAACAAUUUGACGAGUCAGCCUUUGAAGCGGCUUUUGAGCAGGCGCGAGCCGAUAUGCAAGAGCUGCAAGCCCCGGAACUCACCCAAACCAUGGAGACCAUUUCUCAAGACCAACCUCUUCAGAUCGAGGAGACCAUCAUGAAAGAGCAAGAGAAAAUCACCAUCGGCUCCGAUACGAUAGUCAAAGACGACUCUACUACCGUAAAGAACGACGCGGACGCCCUUGCUCGCACAGCAGAGCAUCUUCUCAACAGCGUACGACACGAGAAAGACCAGAAAUUUCAACAAAGCAAUUUCCUAGCCUUGAUGCGAAGAAUCCGUGAUCGGGAAGUGCAAGUGGAAGGAGACGAGUUCCGCGAAUGGAUUCACAUUUAUGCUAACUCGCACAUUGAAUUCUCAAAACAGACGGCGCAAUCUCUCCAUCCUGGCGGUCCAUAUUAUCCAGGCCAGUCUCCCGAGCGAAAUACCGAAUCCGACAGAGCCAGUAAGGAACCUAAGACUUCUUCGUCCACACUGCACUCUUCAGGCUAG